AUGCAUGCUGUCAUGUCAUUGGAUGAUGACUUGUUGUUACUCAGCUUACGCAAUGUGUCGUUUUUAUUCAGUGGUCUUAAACAACACAGUCAUAUUCACUGUAGUUCAAAGCCAUUUCGAUGCCACGUUUGUGAUAAAGCAUACACGCAGUUUUCAAAUCUUUGUCGCCAUAGAAGAAUACACUUGGAAGGAUGGCAAUGUCAGUAUUGUAGUGUAUCGUUAACUAGUCAGUCUGCACUCGUCAGGCACAGCUCCACAUGCAAAUCACAAAUGACUGCUCUCAGCGCUUUUUAUAAACCCAUAAAUAUGUCAAAGCUGAAAGUGCAAUUCUUUUUAGCAACACAGCCUCCACUACUCACAGUACCAUCACAUUAUUGGUCUCGAUUGUUGCAGCUUGCAUCCAAUCAACAACAGCAGCAACAUGCCCAAACAUUAUCAUUACCUACUCCUAAUAUUACUAAUAUUCACUUGUCGGGGAAAGGCAGCUAUCAUGUCUUUAAUGGAUCAGAUGGUGAAAGCUCACCUGGAAGCAGUGAGCAAUUAUCGGAUGCAGCACCAAAUGAGCAAAAGUGUUGCGCAAGUAGUUCAAAUCACAAUGGCUCACUUGGUGAUUUUGAAUUGACUCCUUUGGAUUUGUCGAUGAAAGCAACAGGGCCUAGUGCUGCUGCAACUUCAACUGAAGUGGUGAAUACACGAACAGCAACUUCAACAGUUAAAUUCAAUGGAAAAAUUGGGGACCGUGAUGAACUGAAUGAUAUGAAUGGUGAAAAAAAUAGAUGUAAUGAAGAAGAAAGAAUACUACAGAAUUCAGAAAGCAUGCAUGAAAAUAACAGAUUGGAGCAAGAAAACUUGGUAGCAUCUACAGAAUCAUCACUGCUUCUCACGAACUCAGAUAAAGUGGACUUGACUCCAGCAGUGAAUCCUUUUUCAUCCACUGCUUUUAUGCAAAUGCUUCGUCGACCCUUCACUUAUCCCAUUGUUCCCACGGCUGCAAGUGCGGCAGCAGCAGCCGCCGCAGCAGCCGCAGCAGCUACUCAUCUCAAUCCUUACACACGCACGUAUCCUUCACAUAACUCAACGUCUACAACUCCCUUACUCCUGAAAAACCCACGUGAUCGUUAUACUUGCAAGUUUUGCGCCAAGGUUUUUCCUCGCAGCGCAAAUUUAACGCGACAUCUUCGUACGCACACUGGCGAGCAACCCUACAAAGUAUUGCUUUAUUGCUUUUAUUUCACUAAUAAGCAAUUAGUAAAAGAGAUACAACUAUUUUAA